GGAGAUGAUGGGCUCUGAACCAUCAGCUCGGGCCAGCUACAUCGAGAAGGUGCGCUUCCUGGAGCAGCAGAACAAGAUGCUGGUGGUGGAGCUCAACCAGCUGCGUGGGAAGGAGCCCAGCCGCCUGGGCGACAUCUACCAGGAGGAGCUGCGCGAGCUCCGCCGCCAGGUGGACGGCCUGGGCGCCGGCAAGGCCCGGCUGGAGAUCGAGAGGGACAACCUGGCCGCCGACGUGGCCACCCUCAAGCAGAGGCUGCAGGAUGAGAGUGCUCUGCGGCAGGAGGCCGAGAACAACCUCAAUACCUUCAGACAGGAUGUGGAUGAGGCAGCGAUGAACAGGGUGCAGCUGGAGAGGAAGAUUGAUGCUCUGCAGGAUGAGAUCAACUUCCUCAAGAAGAUCCAUGAGGAGGAGUUGCGUGAGCUUCAGGAGCAGCAGCAGGCCCAGCAGAUUCAUGUGGAUGUGGACAUGUCCAAACCCGACCUGACAGCUGCGCUGAGGGACAUCAGAGUCCAGUACGAGGCCAUGGCUAACUCCAACAUGCACGAGACCGAGGAGUGGUACCGCUCUAAGUUUGCUGAUCUGACUGAUGCAGCCAAUCGCAACACAGAAGCUCUGAGACAGGCCAAACAGGAGGCCAAUGAGUACCGCCGACAAGUACAGGUGAUGACCUGUGACCUGGAAGCUCUUCGUGGUACUAAUGAAUCUCUGGAAAGGCAGCUGCACGACAUGGAGGAUCGCUUCGCCAUGGAGACCGCUGGUUACCAGGAGAGCAUUGCACGCCUGGAGGACGAUAUCCACAGCCUGAAGGAGGAGAUGGCCAGGCACCUGCAAGAGUACCAGGACCUCCUCAACGUCAAGUUGGCCCUGGACAUCGAGAUCGCCACCUACAGGAAGCUACUGGAGGGCGAGGAGAGCAGAAUCACUGUUCCUGUGCAGAGCUUCGCCAAUCUCCAAUUCAGAGACACUCCCAUGGACACCAAGUUCUCCCCAGAGGCUCACGUGAAGAGAAGCAUCGUGGUGCGGACCGUGGAGACUCGCGAUGGGGAGAUAAUAAAGGAGUCGACCACUGAGCGGAAGGAACUGCCCUAAGCGGGUGCACACAGGACAACUAGACAUGAAGAGCACACUGGCCCGUUGUUCACAGCAGACAGCUCUGUGGCCUCUUUAGUGUCUCUGGAUUUCAUACUCUCUCUCUCCCCCUAUUUCUGUCUCUCUCUCUCUCUCUCUCUCUAUCUCUCUGUCUCUCUGUUUAUCUCACUGAACUAAAAUCAGACUGAAACCACCAAGCCUGUCUCUAUUGAAUAAUAACAACUACCCCCACUUCACAGAUCCACCCCAUCUUCCAUCAUACAGAUGCACCUAACAUUAACUAUAGCAUUAAAGUUAAGAACAUGAAGGAAAAAAUGUGCUUUACUUCCUUAGCAAUUUUACCAAAUAUUUUGUGAUACAACCAAGAUAACGUUGGUAGCAUGGCACUGAAUAAGUUAUAAAAAUCGCAAACAGCUCCCUAUUUGGAGGCCUUGUCAUGGCCAGACUGAAUGCUGGGCGUUGUAGUUUUUGUGUAAAACCCAUAGCCGAGUGCCAGUCUUGAAACCGUAGAAAGUGUUCCUAGUCGGAGAGCUGUCAAAGAUAAGUAGUUUAUGUUCGGUCCUUAGCAGGGAUGACGAUUGAGGGUGUGUGGUUCUUGUGUAGGUGUUUUGCAUGGGGAGGUGGGUGGGGAGGGAGAAAGAGAACUACAGGUGCUGCUGUGUAGAUGUAGAGAUGUAGAGAGAAAGAGGUGGAUCUUAGGUGGAGGUAAAUGCAUAUGGUGUGCUUGUUUGUCAGGGCCAUUGAUGGACAUACACAUACUCCCCUUACAUUCCAGAGUUGCCAAAGGGAGUAUUCUAGUGGGUAUCAUCCACCAUGUAAUUCAUUCAUCUAUUAAUCUAACACCAUUUCUGUGGCAUCGCAUGGUUGGGGGUUGUGUUCUCACACCCUCUCUUCCUCUGUCAGUCUCUCACUUUCUGUUUGUUGCUGUCUGAGAACACUCUGUCUGUCUUCCCUCAAGUGCGGUGUGGUGUGUUUAUCUGCAGCUUUACAGCAGCGGGUGUUAGUAUGUAACACAGGGGUGGGGGAGGGAGGUGUCUUGUGAGCUAUUCACACAACCCUGGUUCUGGAGCUCUCCAUCACAAACACACACACACACACACACACACACUUGCAUAGCUUUGUCCCAUCACUCAAGUGUCUGACUGAUUAGGCAGAAACACAAAGGAGAAUGUUCUUGAGAUAGCUGUGUGUUUGUGUUAUCCGUGUAGAUUUGUGUCAAUGUGUGUGUGCAUGAGUGAGGAUAUGUGUGUAUUUGUGAAUGUAUGUUCAUGCUUGUACAUGUCUGUCUGUGUGUGUAUUUGUGUGCAUGUGUGUGUGUAAUUGAGUACAUGUGUGUAUGUGUGUGUGUGUGUGUGUGUGGUUGUGCUUGUUCCAGGAUGGGUGCUGUCUUGAUGACAGUUCUCUCAAGGAGAGAACUGCAUUCCCACAGAUGAGAAAGCACCAUCAUGAGAUCAUCCUCACACCUCUCCCUCCCUUUAAAAACUAGUGUCUACAUUACAGUGUUGUGUUUUUUUUGUGAAGCAUGUGCGAGUUCCUUGUCAUACAACAUAUGUUAACAUGUUUACAUUUUGUUUCUGUGAGAUGCUGAUUGAGCAUUCAAUGAACAUUAAUAAUUGCUGAUGAACAUUAAUACAUUCUUACCUUGGGCAAAUGAAUGUUCUAACAAUUAACACAUUUUUGAUUCUCCACCUCACCGUUUGCCUGUUGUGGACAGACAGGUGCUGAGCUUUCUUUUUUUUAUUAUUAUUUUGUGAAAUGCAUCCUGUCUGACGUUUCCUGUUUCCGUUUCAAUGUCAUGUUUUAUUGCUUGUUAGUGCUUUUUUGGGGUUUGCGUCGUCGAGGUUUUGGUCAUCCUCUUAUGUGUGUGACGUAUAUAGCUGAUGUGCAAGCUCUCUACGCCCCCAUACCUCCUGGGGCAAAGUGGUGCUACUCUUCUCUCUGUUGUUGAUGCACUGUUCCACUGAGAGACAUAAACCAAUAACCUGCAUCAAAUAAUGUGUAGGUGUGGACUGUAGAGACUGGUAUAUUAUUAUGAAGAAUUAACAAGAAAUAAAAACAGAUAAAAUGUUGAAA